AACCCGGAUGUCAGGCUCCUUGUCCCGGAGAUUCUCAAAUCGCUCACCCACAACUCCUCUUCGGCCUCCCCCAGAAAGGAGAGAGCAGGGCUGCAAGCUGGAGGAGCGGAGAGUGUGACCCGAGCAGCCUCACUCCGCCUGUCCCCACCCCAAAGGCAGGAAUUUCUGGGAUGGGCGGAUGGCCCACCCCUCCUCCUCCUCCUUCCCCAAGCCGCAGUGGGUGGGGCGAGGAAAACCUCUGCGACUUUCCCGCAUCCCAGCCCAGAGCCCCGAGUGUCGGUUCACUGUGGAGACAGCGGUGGCGGAGUGGGUCUCCAGGGCUCCGGGCUGGCAAGGCCCCCGGAGGGGUGGGGCGCGGAGGAGGCUACGGAUCCGCUUCCGCGCGGCGGGGCCGGGUGCUUGGGACGCGGCUCCGGGCUCCCGGGACAAGGGGCUCCCGGCGAGCCCAGUGGUUAGCGAUGCUGCUGUCGCCGUCGCUGCUGCUGCUGCUGCUGCUGCUGCUGCUGCUGGGGGCGCCGCGGGGCUGCGCCGAGGGUGUGGCGGCGGCGCUUACCCCCGAGCGGCUCCUGGAGUGGCAGGAUAAAGGAAUAUUUGUUAUCCAAAGUGAGAGUCUCAAGAAAUGCAUUCAAGCAGGUAAAUCGGUUCUGACCCUGGAGAACUGCAAGCAAGCAAACAAGCACAUGCUGUGGAAAUGGGUUUCAAACCAUGGCCUCUUUAACAUAGGAGGCAGCGGUUGCCUGGGCCUGAAUUUCUCUGCCCCAGAGCAGCCGUUAAGCUUAUAUGAAUGUGACUCCACCCUCGUUUCCUUACGGUGGCGCUGUAACAGGAAGAUGAUCACAGGCCCGCUGCAGUACUCUGUCCAGGUGGCGCAUGACAACACAGUGGUGGCCUCACGGAAGUAUUUUCAUAAGUGGAUUUCUUAUGGGUCAGGUGGUGGAGACAUUUGUGAAUAUCUACACAAAGAUUUGCAUACAAUCAAAGGGAACACCCACGGGAUGCCGUGUAUGUUUCCCUUCCAGUAUAACCAUCAGUGGCAUCAUGAAUGUACCCGUGAAGGUCGGGAAGAUGACUUACUGUGGUGUGCCACGACAAGCCGUUAUGAAAGAGAUGAAAAGUGGGGAUUUUGCCCUGAUCCCACCUCUGCAGAAGUAGGUUGUGAUACUAUUUGGGAGAAGGACCUCAAUUCACACAUUUGCUACCAGUUCAACCUGCUUUCAUCUCUCUCUUGGAGUGAGGCACAUUCUUCAUGCCAGAUGCAAGGAGGUGCGCUGUUAAGUAUUACAGAUGAAACUGAAGAAAAUUUCAUAAGGGAGCACAUGAGCAGUAAAACAGUGGAGGUGUGGAUGGGCCUCAAUCAGCUGGAUGAACACGCUGGCUGGCAGUGGUCUGAUGGAACGCCGCUCAACUAUCUGAAUUGGAGCCCAGAGGUAAAUUUUGAGCCAUUUGUUGAAGAUCACUGUGGAACAUUUAGUUCAUUUAUGCCAAGUGCCUGGAGGAGUCGGGAUUGUGAGUCCACCUUGCCAUAUAUAUGUAAAAAAUAUCUAAACCACAUUGAUCAUGAAAUAGUUGAAAAAGAUGCUUGGAAAUAUUAUGCUACCCACUGUGAGCCUGGCUGGAAUCCCUACAAUCGUAAUUGCUACAAACUUCAGAAAGAAGAAAAGACCUGGCAUGAGGCUCUGCGUUCUUGUCAGGCUGAUAACAGUGCAUUAAUAGACAUAACCUCAUUAGCAGAGGUGGAGUUUCUUGUAACCCUCCUUGGAGAUGAAAAUGCAUCAGAAACAUGGAUUGGUUUGAGCAGCAAUAAAAUUCCAGUUUCCUUUGAAUGGUCUAAUGACUCUUCAGUCAUCUUUACUAAUUGGCACACACUUGAGCCCCACAUUUUUCCAAAUAGAAGCCAGCUGUGUGUCUCAGCAGAGCAGUCUGAGGGACACUGGAAAGUCAAAAAUUGUGAAGAAAGACUUUUUUACAUUUGUAAAAAAGCAGGCCAUGUCCUCUCUGAUGCUGAAUCAGGAUGUCAAGAGGGAUGGGAGAGACAUGGUGGAUUCUGUUACAAAAUUGACACAGUCCUUCGAAGCUUUGACCAAGCUUCCAGUGGUUAUUACUGUCCUCCUGCACUUGUAACCAUUACAAACAGGUUUGAACAGGCUUUUAUUACCAGUUUGAUCAGUAGUGUGGUAAAAAUGAAGGACAGUUAUUUUUGGAUAGCUCUUCAGGACCAAAAUGAUACGGGAGAAUACACUUGGAAGCCAGUAGGGCAGAAACCCGAGCCGGUGCAGUACACACACUGGAACGCACACCAGCCGCGCUACAGUGGUGGCUGUGUUGCCAUGCGAGGAAGGCAUCCACUUGGUCGCUGGGAAGUGAAGCACUGUCGGCACUUUAAGGCAAUGUCCUUGUGCAAGCAGCCAGUUGAAAAUCAGGAAAAAGCAGAGUAUGAAGAGAGAUGGCCCUUUCACCCCUGCUAUUUGGACUGGGAGUCAGAGCCUGGUCUGGCCAGUUGCUUCAAGGUAUUUCAUAGUGAAAAAGUUCUGAUGAAAAGAACAUGGAGAGAAGCUGAAGCAUUUUGCGAAGAAUUUGGAGCUCAUCUUGCAAGCUUUGCCCAUAUUGAGGAAGAGAAUUUUGUGAAUGAGCUCUUACAUUCAAAAUUUAAUUGGACAGAAGAAAGGCAGUUCUGGAUUGGAUUUAAUAAAAGAAACCCACUGAAUGCCGGCUCAUGGGAGUGGUCUGAUAGAACUCCUGUUGUCUCUUCGUUUUUAGACAACAAUUAUUUUGGAGAAGAUGCAAGAAACUGUGCUGUUUAUAAGGCAAACAAAACAUUGCUGCCCUUACACUGUGGUUCCAAACGUGAAUGGAUAUGCAAAAUCCCAAGAGAUGUGAAACCCAAGAUUCCGUUCUGGUACCAGUACGAUGUACCCUGGCUCUUUUAUCAGGAUGCAGAAUACCUUUUUCAUACCUUUGCCUCAGAAUGGUUGAACUUUGAGUUUGUCUGUAGCUGGCUGCACAGUGAUCUUCUCACAAUUCAUUCUGCACAUGAGCAAGAAUUCAUCCACAGCAAAAUAAAAGCGCUAUCAAAGUAUGGUGCAAGUUGGUGGAUUGGACUUCAAGAAGAAAGAGCCAAUGAUGAAUUUCGCUGGAGAGAUGGAACACCAGUGAUAUACCAGAACUGGGACACAGGAAGAGAAAGAACUGUGAAUAAUCAGAGCCAGAGAUGUGGCUUUAUUUCUUCUAUAACAGGACUCUGGGGUAGUGAAGAGUGUUCAGUUUCUAUGCCUAGUAUCUGUAAGCGAAAAAAGGUUUGGCUCAUAGAGAAAAAGAAAGAUACACCAAAACAACAUGGAACGUGUCCCAAAGGAUGGCUAUAUUUUAACUAUAAGUGCCUUCUGCUGAAUAUCCCCAAAGACCCAAGCAGUUGGAAGAACUGGACGCAUGCUCAACAUUUCUGUGCUGAAGAAGGGGGCACCCUGGUCGCCAUUGAAAGUGAGGUGGAGCAAGCUUUCAUUACUAUGAAUCUUUUUGACCAGACCACCAGUGUGUGGAUAGGUUUACAAAAUGAUGAUUAUGAAACAUGGCUAAAUGGAAAGCCUGUGGUAUAUUCUAACUGGUCUCCAUUUGAUAUAAUAAAUAUUCCAAGUCACAAUACCACUGAAGUUCAGAAACACAUUCCUCUCUGUGCCUUACUCUCAAGUAAUCCUAAUUUUCAUUUCACUGGAAAAUGGUAUUUUGAAGACUGUGGAAAGGAAGGCUAUGGGUUUGUUUGUGAAAAAAUGCAAGAUACUUCUGGACAUGGUGUAAAUACAUCUGAUAUGUAUCCAAUGCCCAAUACCUUAGAAUAUGGAAACAGAACUUACAAAAUAAUUAAUGCAAAUAUGACUUGGUAUGCAGCAAUAAAAACCUGCCUGAUGCACAAAGCACAACUGGUCAGCAUCACAGACCAGUAUCACCAGUCCUUCCUCACUGUUGUCCUCAACCGGCUAGGAUAUGCCCACUGGAUUGGACUGUUCACCACAGAUAAUGGUCUUAAUUUUGACUGGUCUGAUGGCACCAAAUCUUCUUUCACUUUUUGGAAAGAUGAGGAGUCCUCCCUCCUUGGUGACUGCGUUUUUGCCGACAGCAACGGACGCUGGCAUAGCACAGCCUGCGAGUCAUUUCUGCAAGGUGCCAUUUGUCAUGUGCCCCCUGAAACAAGACAAUCUGAACACCCAGAGUUGUGCUCAGAAACAUCUAUUCCCUGGAUAAAAUUUAAAAGUAAUUGCUACAGUUUUUCUACAGUCCUAGACAGUAUGAGUUUUGAGGCUGCUCAUGAAUUUUGCAAAAAGAAAGGUUCUAAUCUUUUAACAAUCAAGGAUGAGGCUGAAAAUGCAUUUCUCCUAGAAGAGUUGUUUGCUUUUGGUUCUUCUGUCCAGAUGGUUUGGUUGAAUGCUCAAUUUGAUGGUAACAAUGAAACCAUAAAGUGGUUUGAUGGAACUCCCACAGACCAGUCAAACUGGGGCAUUCGGAAGUCAGACACAGACUACUUCAAGCCCCAUCAUUGUGUUGCCUUGAGGAUCCCUGAAGGAUUAUGGCAGCUAUCCCCGUGUCAAGAAAAAAAAGGCUUUAUAUGUAAAAUGGAGGCAGAUAUUCGCACUGCAGAGUCGCUGCCAGAAAAAGGACCAAGUCACAGCAUCAUUCCUCUUGCGGUUGUACUGACACUGAUAGUCAUUGUGGCCAUUUGCACACUUUCCUUCUGCAUAUACAAGCAUAACGGUGGCUUCUUCAGGAGACUUGCAGGGUUUCGGAAUCCUUACUAUCCUGCAACCAACUUUAGUACAGUACAUUUAGAAGAAAAUAUUCUCAUUUCUGAUCUUGAGAAAAGUGACCAAUAAUAAUGAGGUCAGAGAAUGCCACAGACACCAGGGUAAGUAAAGAAGACUAAACAGGAGUCUCAUCUGUCUUUCCCUUUACAGCACAGAUGCCAUUAGAAUGUGAAUUGGGUCACUAUUUUAAUUAUUCUUGAAGUGAUUACUGGUUUUGAAUUUUAACCAAAUCAGAUGGGUUUUGAUUUAUUCAUUUCCCUAAACUGUGAUCCAUUCUUAAAAGGGGUAAAUUAUGCAUUGGUUAUUUUUCAGAAAGACAAGAAUUAUUAGAAGAAACUCCCUAUUGAAAACUCUGAAAUCAAUGCGAAUAAUAGUUUUUGCGUUAAUGUAUCUCUACUAAAAUUUGGGGGAAUUUUAAAACUAAUCUGGUAUCUAUUCAGACAUUUACCUGCACUCGUACCAUUAAGAAAGACAGAAAGAAGCAAAAAAAAAUUAAUCUUGUAUAUGAGAGGAAAAGGAAAGGGCUUCUGAGAGGAUGCUUAGUUGUUUCUUUUGAAUUCACUUUUAAUAGCAGGAUUUGGAAAAUACUAAUUUCUGUGCUUAAGGGUCACAGGUUCUGGGCUCUCAACUGAUAUUUAAGGUGACAUUCAUUUUUAUUAGGUCUAACAUCUCAAGCUAAAGGAGAAAGAAAAAUACCUUCUUUUAAAUGGCAAAGACCUUCAUUAGCAGCACACUUUUAUAAACAACCAUAUAGUUAAAAUGUGGCCUUAAACUUUCAAUUACUAAAUGAUGAUUAAGUUGGAUAUUUUAAAAUGUCUUAUAGAUAAGCUUAAAGUAAUAUAUUGAAACUUUAACAGUUGUACUGUUAAAACUCAUGGACUUUCUGAAAAACUAAAUAUAUAAAAUAAUAUGUAACACUCUUAACAACUGGAAGAUAUAAAAUGUAACUUGGAUUUAAAGGAGAAGAGCUAAAGAUCUGAAUUAUAGUCUCAUUAGAACCAGACAGAUGUUGUUGAGAAGUACUAAAUAAAUUAGUAAUCUAGAUAUCUUUAUUAUGUAAAUGAGUUUAGGUGUUCUAUUUAAUAAACUAUUUUCUGGGAACGAUCUCCUUUUAUAUUAGUCUAGUUAGUGUAGAUGGUAAAUAAUGAUUAUGAUACUGUCUGUAAAUAAAAAAGUACAGAUUUUAUUUUCCUUUAUUAGUUCCUUAUAAAGAAAACAGCUUCAUAAUCAAUAUCUAAAAAUUUACUCAUUACAUAACUGUUUAUUGAAUUUUAUCAAGAAAAAAGUGUACUGAGCAUGGUGGCACGCACCUGUAGUCCCAGCUACUUAGGAGGCUGAGGGAAGAGGAUCAACUGAGCCCAGAAGUUGAAGGCUGCAGUGAGCUAUGGUUGCGCCACUGCACUCCUACCUGGGCAACUGAAUGAGACCCCAACUCAAAAAAGUGCUGUUCUAGAAACAGAGGUACUAAGGUGAGCAACUUGGGGUAAGGGCUAUCUUUUCAUGCCACUUAUUUUCUAAUGAGGGAAAAUUGACAGUAACUCAGUAAAGAAAUGCAUAUGCAUAAAAUAGCAAGUGGUUAUGAAAAUGAAGUAAGGUUCCAUGAUAGAGAGAAACUGGGGGACUCUCAGGGCCUCCCUGAGAGUAUGCAUUUUAAUUAUUACAACCAACUGCCUCAAAACCAGUGGCCACUAGUCACAAGGGGGAGCUCUGAGAGAAAGUAUGAAUGAAUUUCUAAGAGGCAAACCAUCAUCAUUAGAAAUACAAUUUGAAGAGCAUACCACUAAGAAUGGAAUCCUUGUGGCCUGCAACAGUUAAUCCAGCUUCCAAAAGCAGCUCUUUGCUACUGUUAUAAUAAUUUACACACUGGGACAGUCUACCUCCAUAAUUUUUUUAAGUAUUGGGACUUCAUUUUUUAAAAGAUAUUAUAUUAUGUGGCAGUUGCAUAUUUAUGACUCAAAAAAUAAUUGGCUUGAACUCACCAGAUGGUAUAAAAGCCCAAUUUAACCAUCUUUUGAGUGGAAUUAAAGUUCUGUUCUUUUCAAUGGACUUGGUAAAAACUGCUAAUCAACCAGCCUUCCAGUCAAGGUAUAUAGUCACACAUAAUAAUUUGACAAAAUACACCAUUAGGAAAGUGAUUUUGCAGAAAGAAGCUGUAUUGCUUGUCAGUGCUCCAUACUUUGAUGUUUAGUAUUGAACAACAUCUCCAGAUAAUCUGGACCCAUGGACAGAUCACACACUUCUUGCCAUUACUGAAUUUGCAGAAAUAGUACUGAAGUAUUCUGCUACAUUUUUAUAUUUGCAUUUUUUUUGAAACUCUUUUUCAUUUUUUUUUUUUUUUGGAGAUGGAGUCUUGCUCUGUUGCCAGGCAGGAGUACAGUGGCAUGAUCUCAGCUCACUGCAACCUUCGACUGCCUGGUUCGAGCAAGUUUCCUGCCUCAGCCUCCCGAGUAGCUGUGAUUACAGGCACAUGCCACCAUGCCCAGCUAAUUUUUGUAUUUUUAGUAGAGACAGGGUUUCACCAUGUUGUCCAGGAUGGUCUCGAUCUCCUGACCUCGUGAUCCACCCGCCCCAGCCUCCCAAAGUGCUAAGAUUACAGGCAUGAGCCACCACACCUGGCCUCAUCUGUAUUUUUAAUGUGAACUAGAUUUUAUAGCUAUAAUUCGAAAAGAAAAAAAAGUAGCAGGUAAUGGCUAUAUUAUACACUAUUUGCGUGAUGGUUAUACCAGACUUUACCACUACAUACUGUAUUUAUGUAACAAAAUUACACUUGUACUCCUUACAUUUAUGCCAAAAAAGCGGCAGGAUCACAAAUUCACACAUAGUUAAUGUGCCCCUCCAACAGUCAAUUAUGUUCUAUGACUAACCUGAGGAUCUUUAUAGACUCUGAGUAAUGGAAAUGCCUGGGUUUUUCCAUUUAACAAUAUAUUGGGCUCUUACAGUUACAACAGUCUUCUUUCGGGUUAAAUAUUUCUUCUCUUGAAGGGUCCACUCCUUAUUAAAGAUAAGAUUAAACUGAAUGUUUACUUAAACAUUCAGUCUUUUGGAGUUUCUUUACUCUUCUCAAAAUGGUGGUUGGAUAUAUAAGAACUUGCUGUGUCCUGGUAGUGUUGAGGGGAGAAGGUGAUAACUUACUGUGGAUGUAUGUUAGCUGGUGUCCACUGAGAAUAGCUGUCUGGCCUCACUCCUGGGAAUUCUGCUGGCAUCUGCUGUGAAGUCUGCAGUUGCUUUAAUCUGUAGUCUGUUCUCUUUGAUUUGGCCUCAUUCUGGCUGUCCCUGGUGCUGUCUUAUCUCUUGAGAACUGGCUGUGUCUCCUGUUGAAUUCCCUAUCCGAACACUGCAGUUCUUGGCUACAAGGCAGUCACUUCACCCCUGCAGUGGUGAGAUCCCAUUAGCUACCAUUAGCUACUCUUUUCGUCCAGAAAGGCGAAAUGCCAUAGCAAACAAUCCCACAGUCUUGGUGGAUUAACACAGCAAAGGUUUAUUUCUCACCCACACCUGCAUGGGCUGGCAAGAGGACUUUGCUCUGUUCAGUCAUUCAUGGGUCCAUGCUUCUCCUAUAUAGCCAGCCCUCUGUCUCCUAAGGCCUGGAGUCCUCCAUGGGCCUCCAAUCUGUGGCUGACAGAGGAUGUUGACUUGAGACCCAUCUUUGAUUCAUUAUGGAGCUUCCACAGGCUGUUGAAAUCCUCUAAGUCAAAAGUCCUCAAACUGGGGACACAUGCCUAAGGAAUACAGGAGCAUGGGUAUUUAAGAAACUUAAUUUCCAGAAUCUUCAUGUAUAUUUUUUCUUAAAACUGAUUUACCUGAGAGCACCCCUGGUUCUUCUUUCCCACCUCUCUUUACACAGAUGCCUUUCUCUACCUUUAAAAAGAAAAAGAAAAAGAAAUGGCUUUCAUUUCAGAUCUUACUAUGGGAAAAUCCUCCAUGGCUCCAAAGAAAAAUAUUCAAAGUAUUGAUGUCAGCGAAGCUUCUUUUAAUAAAGAAAUUGUAAACUCAUUCUGUAGAUCCUCACGUCUUUCUCUGUGUUAGGACAUUUUUCUGUUAAAGUUGAAGCGAUGACUUAGAAAUGAGUUAUUUUGCCCCAUGUCGUAUUCUGAAUUAAUAUGUAUUAUACAGUGGAACAGCUGGAGUGCUACUUUCAUUUGAAAAUUUAUAUCAUCUACUGCCUGACUAUUGUCAGAGAACAAGCUGUAGAAAAAGUCUGGUGAAAGCAAAGUGAAGCAUGUGUUGCCAAGAACCUAACAUCUUAUGUUAUCCAGAAGAAAGUCCCAAGGCUUGAUUUAUCUUAGAUUUCUAUGUGAGUUGUGAGGAUGAGUAUUAACAAGUUUAUUUGAACUGAAAAAUGAAUUCAGACCUUUUCUGAACUUUUUUUUAUUUGGCUCAUUGGUUUGACAACAAGGAUUGACUUUACCCAUUAAGUUUUAUGAUGAACAUUUUGUAUUAAUUGAAUGAACUAAAUCUGCUGCUCUUGUGUUCUGAUUAAAGCUUGUAAUAGGAUAAAGGCAUUUUAAUAGAAAAAUAGUAUUGACCGAACUAUAAUGAAGUGAUAUUUUACUUUUCCCAGGCUUCAUUUGUAUAUCAGGUAAAGCAAGGUGCCUGUAAGUGAAAGAGUAACAGGCAUAAUGAACAGUUAUUUGAAGAGUCUUAGUAAAGCCUUUUAAUUUUACUUGUAGGAAAUUGACAUGAAUCAUUCUAAUGACUGGGUAACAAAUCACUUUGCAAGUAGGGUGUUUCCACUUCUAUGCUUUAAAAAAAACUGAAGGAGAACAUAAUCAAGCAGUUGGUUGAUAUAGAAAAUAAUUUUUAAUGUAGAAUCACUGAUUUUUUGGCACCUAUGAGAAAGGAAUUUAAGUAAUAGAGGGAUAUUGUUAUAACAAACCUUUUAUUCCCAUCUACUUAUUUAUAUGAACAAAGUUUCUAUGUUAAGAUAAGUUAGAGUGUGCUGUGGAAACAAACCCUGUAAUACUAGUGGUUAAAAACAAAACUCAGAAGUUAAUUUAUUGAUCAUGCAAAGCCUGCUAUGGUCAGGACACUUGCCUCCAAGCAGUAACUCACAGAUCCAGGCUGUGUCCUACCUCCAGAACAUGGGGCUUCCAGUGCUGCUAUGGCACUAGAGAACUGUUAAGUUCCCAGGUUUAGGAAGAAACACGUGGCACUUCCACUCGCGUGUCAUUGGCUGGAACUACUCACAUGACCUAACCUAACUGAAAGGAAGUCCAGGAAGUCCUCUGCUUUGUGUGCUCAGGAAAGAGAGGAUAAGGGACUACAGACAGCACCAGCAAUUGCUACCAGAGUUUCUCAACAUGUAUAGCUACAAAAAAAGAAGAGAGAGAACAGAAUUGAUGCUGAACCUUGAUUUAUACUAGCAGUUUUUAAUACUAAUUAAUUUUUAUCUAUGAUAUAUCCAUUUCAUUAACAGAUCCAUUUGCUAUCAUUUUAGUUUGACAUAUACUAUCUUAAUCUUUGUAACAUAUUUAUUUUGUUCUGAUCAAUUGUAUACUAACAAUAAUUGAAAUGACAACUCAAUAUAGAAGAAAAUGUGUAAUACUUAGAGCCUAUGUUCACAGGGACUUCUUAAAACAUAAUUUUAGGCUGGGCGCGGUGGCUCACGCGUGUAAUCCCAGCAACUUUGGGAGGCCGAGGCGGGUGGAUCACGAGGUGAGGAGAUCGAGACCAUCCUGGCUAACAAGGUGAAACCCCGUCUCUACUAAAAAUACAAAAAAAUUAGCUGUGUGUUGUGGCGGGUGCCUGUAUUCCCAGCUACUCGGGAGGCUGAGGCAAGAGAAUGGCAUGAACCCGGAAGUCGGAGCUUACAGUGAGCCGAGAUGGCGCCACUGCACUCCAGCCUGGGCGACAGAGCGAGACUCUCUCUCAAAAAAAAAAAAAAAAAAAAAAAAAAAAAAAUUAAUUUAUAUACAUAUUUUUACUGCAGGAAAAUAUGACAAGGUAAUGAAUAAAAUAUUUCACAAAUUAAAGUAUAUCUCAUUAGGAUAAAAUUCUGUGGGGGAGUUGGAAUGGAAAUACAAGAUUGAAAGAAAGUAAUAUCUCUGACUGCUAAAGAGGUUAUUUGUGUGUAUUUCUAUUUUUAAAUAGAUUAUGAUAGAAUUCAAAUUGUUGUAGUAUCUCCAGUCAAAGGAACUUAGGCUUCUUGAGAAAGUGGUUGAUUGCAGGUCUAAGGCAGGAAAAUACAAGAUGAAACUGGAAUAUCUUGUGAUGGCAGAAAAUAAGGAGGUGCUCACAAAAAGAUGGCACAUGUCCGAAGGCUACAGGAACCAACCUGAAGGAGCUCUCCAGUGGAAAUGCUGGAACAAUUUGAGCAAACAAUAAAAAAUUAUAAUAUUGGAUUAUAACCCACACAAUAAAUAUCUGUGUGUCCAUACUGAUGUAAACAAUUGAAUGAGUGAAUGAAUGAAUGAAAAGAAGAAACAGUUCUUCUCCCCAGUAAAUUCCAAUUGAUAAAUGUAGAAGAAAUGGGAGAAACAAAAAUCACUAUCAGGAAAACACAACAGUAAUAAUUGUUGGCAAGACCUACCAGUUGGUGCGAAAGUUAGUGGGUGAAUGUUUGAGGAAAAACAGAAUAUUUGCAUAACCUUAGAGUAUUUUCCCCAAAAUAAUCACUAAUUACAAAGGGAAAGUAAUAACUUUACAGUAGAGAAACUUCUUUAAUCAAGGGAUCAAGGUUAACAGAAGCAGUAAUAAGCCACAUCAGCAUCAUGUACCCCCUGGUAUGGCAUUGAGAAAGGCACAUGACUUCUUUGGUAUCCUCCCCAAAAUGCAUAAUCUCAAUCAUGAAAAAACAUUAGACAAAUCCAAGUUGAGGGACAUUCCACAAGAUAAAUGAUCACUUCAAAAGUGUCCUGGUCAUGAAAGAUAAGGAAAGAUUGAGGAAAUGUCAAGGAUUGGAGGACAGUAAAGAGACAUGACAACUACGUGCAAGUUGAAAUCCUCAAAUGGAUCAUGGAACAGAAAAUGGUCAUUAUGGGAAAAUGGGAAAGUAAAAUAAAGUCUAUGGUUUAAUUAAUAGUAUUGUACCAGUAUUAGUUUCUUUGUUUUGAUGAUUAUACCAUGGUUUUAUGAGAUGUACCAUUAGAAUAAGCUGAAGGAGGCUGUACAGGAACUCUCUGGACUAAGUUGGCAAUUUUUCUGUAAACCUAAAAUCAUUUCAAUAUAAAAAGUUAACAUUUUGCUAUGAUAUUAGACACCACUGGAUAUAUUAAAAGGGUGAUAAGGCACUUUUAUUUUUACAUGUCGUUAUUUAUAAUAUUCUGAAAAUUGCAUCCUAAUUAUAAAAAAUUUUGGCUGUCAACUUAGAAAUUCGUGAAGCAAUAUGCCUUCUUUCACGAUUCUUUUAACAAUUUUGUAUGCUAGCCAAAAAGUUUGAGGACCACUGCUAUAUGACAUUUUUUCUCUCAUGUCUCAGAUGAGAAGCAGGGCAAAACCCUGUGUGUCUCCAACUUACCUAACACACCAUCCACUGUAGGAUUAGGACCCAGACACGUCUUGCUGCAGGCCAUGCUCACUUCCAUCUGCUCUCUUUUCCCUGCAUUCUUCUUUCGUGUCACUUCCCUGUCUUGUCAGUACUUCUAAUUCUCAUAGUCCUGCUAUCCCCUACAACCUCGUGCCUUAGUAUUAAUAGGGUACAGCAGGGAAAAACUCACUUAGUUUCCAUUUUGUUCUUGGAGAAGAAAAAUUUGGAGACAUUUCCAAAAUGGCAUAUACAUCAUAAUUCUUAUUGCCAACAUUUAUAAGAAACUUUGACUGUAGUGAUUAUCAAGAUACAUGCUUGGAAUAUUUAUUCCCUCUUUCCCCACCUUUCAAAAUAAGGAUUUAGAACAGGAGUUGGCAGGGCCAAAUCCAGCCUGCAGCCUAUUUUGGAAAUAAAGUUAUUGGGAUGCUGCCCUCCCCAUUCACUCACAUACUGUGCAUGACUGCUUUCAUGCUUCCAUGACAGAGCUGAGUGGUUGCAACAGAGACCGAAUGGCCUGCAAAGCCUAAAAUAUUUACUUUCUGGACCUUUACAGGAAGUUUGCCAACCCCUGAUUUAGAAAGUGAAAACCUAAAUGGGGAAGUCUUACAUACUUUAACGUAUCUUAGCAAGCACUGUUAUGUUAACGUAUAUGGAUAGCACUUAAAAUAUAUCAAUAAACAAUUCUGAUCAGUAAACAUUUAUUUAGAGCCUAUUGUGGCCCAGAGAGUGUCCUGUGCUCAGAGGCUAUAAAUACCAAUAACACCCCAUCUCUCCCCUCAUGGAACUCAGUCUCGGGGGAGAGGAAUAUGUAAAUGAUAAGUGCAAUGCAAUGUGACAUAAAUAAUAUCAAGAGGAAGAGAAUCAGAAAAAAAAAGGAGAGGGGACUGGUUAAUUCUGUCAGAAGUAGAGAAAGGCUUAACAAGAUAAGUGAUAUGUAUUAAAUUGUAGGAAAUGUUAGAUAAACAGCUUUCUUUAGUAUUUUUUGAGUUAGAAAGCAAGUUUUUAGCUUGGGGUCAGAAUAUUUUUAGAGAAAAAGUUUAAAAUAUGCCUAAAUCUGAAAUUCUGGAUUUAAAAAAGUGAAAAUCUGCAUGUUCCUCUAAUACCUAAUGACGAAUUCUAAUUGCAGAAGGAUGCCAAUAACUAAAACCACAAAAUGAACCCUAUGUAUACCGGUGACCUUCUUUACUCAGAAUUAAUUAACACAAGCACUUGUUUCUUGCAGAGCACUUUGCUGUAAUUUAGAACAAAUUAAGGGAAAAAAUCAUUCAAGUGCUGUUUUCUUCACACCAUGAAGUAAGCAUGAUGGACCAAAGUUAACUCAUUUAAAAUAUUAUCAUCCAUUUCUUGUAAUUAUGAAUAGCAAUACCAUCUUUUUUCUUCAAAAAAAAAAGACAUCAUGAUCUAUGCUAUUUUCAACUUGUUUCCUGUGCUUCUAUUAAUGGAAAUUGAUUUUUCAAGAUUAAUGUAAAAUGUGUUUCUGUUUCUCCCAUUAAGUCUCUUAUUUAUAUUAGAUCCAAUGUAUAUGUUCCUGGAUAUUUUUCAAAUAAAUAUAUUUUUAAUAUAA